CUUGUGCCGUGGACUGCUGGGCUCCCCCCCACGCUCAGCAUGCCCUUUUCUGGUGCAGCCAGACCUUCCCAGGAAUCACUCUGGAGCUUGAGGCCAUCCUCUAGGGUAAGGUGAUCCCGCCAAGGUGCUGCCUGUGCCGGGCUGCUCUCCCAGCUAGCGCACGUCUCCCGUUCCCGGUAGGAAAUGGAGUCCAAGGUCUCCGAGGGCGGCCUCAACGUCACCCUCACCAUCCGGCUGCUGAUGCACGGCAAGGAAGUUGGAAGCAUCAUUGGGAAGAAAGGAGAGACUGUGAAGAAGAUGCGUGAGGAGAGCGGGGCAAGGAUCAACAUCUCAGAGGGGAACUGCCCUGAGCGGAUUGUGACCAUCACUGGCCCCACCGAUGCCAUCUUCAAGGCUUUUGCCAUGAUCGCCUACAAAUUCGAGGAGGACAUAACCAACUCCAUGAGCAACAGCACCGCUACCAGCAAGCCUCCAGUGACACUGCGGCUGGUGGUGCCUGCGAGUCAGUGCGGGUCCCUCAUCGGCAAGGGGGGCUCCAAGAUCAAGGAAAUCCGGGAGUCCACAGGUGCUCAGGUCCAAGUGGCGGGGGACAUGCUGCCCAACUCCACAGAGCGGGCGGUGACAAUCUCGGGGACACCCGAUGCAAUUAUCCAGUGUGUCAAACAGAUCUGUGUGGUGAUGCUGGAGUCCCCACCAAAAGGUGCCACCAUUCCCUACCGCCCAAAGCCCGCCUCCACCCCUGUCAUUUUUGCAGGUGGUCAGGUAAGAGCCGACCCGCUUGCAGCCUCCACUGCCAACCUCAGCCUUUUACUGCAGCACCAGCCGCUGCCCGCCUAUACAAUUCAGGGACAAUACGCUAUUCCACACCCAGAUCAGUUGACCAAGCUCCACCAGUUGGCUAUGCAGCAAACCCCCUUUACUCCCCUUGGACAGACCACCCCCGCUUUCCCUGGAGAAAAGCUGCCCUUACAUUCCUCCGAAGAAGCUCAAAAUCUGAUGGGCCAGUCAUCAGGUUUGGAUGCCAGUCCCCCGGCCAGUACUCAUGAACUCACCAUUCCCAAUGAUCUAAUAGGCUGCAUAAUCGGACGCCAAGGGACCAAAAUCAAUGAAAUUCGGCAGAUGUCGGGAGCGCAGAUCAAAAUCGCCAACGCCACGGAAGGGUCAUCGGAGCGCCAAAUUACCAUCACAGGAACCCCUGCAAACAUCAGCCUUGCGCAGUACCUCAUCAACGCCAGCUCUGCAGACCCUGACCCCCACGGGAGGAACACCUUCACCACCUGACCUGGUGCCAAUGGCUGAUGCUUGAGCCCCCUCCGAAGAUGCUGCCGGCUUCCUGCGAGCUUCUCUCGCUCCUUCGUGGCACCCUUGGGGCCGCUGCCCUCGCCCCCACCUGCGGCUGUCCAGACCCUGCUCCCUCGGCCGGGGCGUGGGGCAGCAGCGGGCUUGGGGGCUGGGGCAGCAGGUCUCAGGAGGACAGCAGCAUGCAGCCAGCGUGCAGCGGUUCCCAGUGUGAGCCACUGCUCCCCACCGCCCUCAUCUGCGCUUCCUCAUCGCCCCUCACGCCCCUGAUGCUUCGCGAUGUAUUUCGUGGCUUAUCCGUGUCAUUGCAAUAAAGCUUUUGU